AUGGCAGCCUCAUCAGAACAUAAGGACGCUGGGGAGAUAGCAGCUGAGGAAGCUUGGUCCUGGACUGCUAAUAUUCAAAUUUGCUUAUGCCAUGUGGAGCAUGCAGUUGAGCGAAAAUUAAGAGAAGAGACAAAAGAUGAGUCAAUAUACAUCACAGGAGAUAUUUUGAAGAUGAUUAAAAGACAUUCUGUCUUGCAUCCUCUUAUUCUCAUAAAUGAAGAAGCAUUGUUCACUUCUGAUGAUAUUUAUUAUAAUCGGAGUGUUAGAGAGGCAUACAAUUACUGCAAGCAGAAGAAUCUCAUUUACCUAUGGGGUACUUAUGGAUCAAUUGAUUUUAACAAACGAAUUACUUCCCGAUCAAAUAGACAACCGGGAAGGUACUGCGGUAAUCGUACAUUCCCAUCAUGGUGGGGGGCGUUCAAACAAGACUGGAAAACUGUAUUAGAAAAGAAAUUUGUUCUUACGAAACGAAAGGCACCAAUCUGUUUCGGAAGUGAGAAUGUUCCAAGUAUUGAGCCAGCAAAUAGUCCCUGGGAUAAUUUUGUUGAGGAUUCUUCAACUGAAUUUGAAAAUGAAUUAGAAAAUAGUGACGAGUUAAGCUUGCGUGAUCGAAAUGAGUUGAUUGACUUUAGAAAAGCCGAAGUGGAAGAGGACAAGAAAACAUUCGAGGCUUUCUUAGAAAUCGUUUCAGACAAUGUUGACAAUGAUCCCUUCUACAAUAUUUAUAAAAAAACUUUAACAAGUGAGGCUGCGGCUUGCCAGGAAGCAUUGAGAGCUAGAAGACAACAAAGAACUUGGAACCCUCUAUGCAGAUCUAAACUUGUCUUUUGCUACCUCGCAGUUCCUUUUUGUUUGACUAUUUCGCAUCCUGUGAUCAGCACGCAAGGUCUUGCAGCCAUCCGUCAGCACUUUGUCCCUGUGUCCUCAAUUUACGGCGAGGACGUAAAUUUUGUUAUGGAAGCCCUGAGCCAGCAUGAUGCUAGGUCUGAUUUGGAUACGAAUGACCUUCUAAGCAGGCAAGACGGUCAGAUGUGGGUAUUGUAUACCGCUGAGGCUUUGAGCCCAUACAAAAUGGCAAGAAUGCGAAAAAGUUGGAGGCCCUGUAUCCGUACUUUAAUUACAGGUAAGAAGGACACGGAGAGUUGCGCACAUGAUGUCUCAAUACCGUCUCAACUCAAAUUUUCUAUUGUCUACUAUGACACCAAGAUUAUGGAGCAGCUAUCAAAACCUUCCCCUUCAUUUUCACCUGAUAUUGAGCCGGAUGAAUUUGCAGUCGUUUUGUAUCAUUUCAGGAGGGCAAACCAUCGAGUAUUUGUCUCGCCAUCCUUUUACCUGGCAUUGGAAAAUUCAAAUUGUGACUACUAUGUUACUGAAAAACUCCAGGGCUCUUUCGCGGCCGGAGUUGUUCCUAUCGUAAUGGGACCUAAAAAUUACACGCCAUUUAUUCCUAAGCCUCAUUCUGUAAUCUUCCUCGAUGAUUUCAGAGACCCGAGAGAUCUUGCUAAGCAUUUGCGUUUUCUUCUCGAACAACCUGAAGAAUAUCAGAAAUAUAUUGACUUUCGAUUCAAUCCACAGUUGAUAUCAGAAGAGUUCCGAAAGGAUUGGGAUGACCUUAACGGAUGGAACCACGAUGUCGAGCUCCGUCGGCUGUGUGCUUUGGCUUGGAUGCUCAGAGCUGGGAAGAACUUGACUUCUGACAAUCCAGAAGAAGAUUGGAUGAAGCCCAGGAUUAUAGAAGCGGAUUCUUCGUGCGAUGAGAUCUUUGACAAGUAUGCGUAUGUUAAAACUGACUGUCAGACUAACGGUGCCGUGGAGCGAAAGGUGCUGUUCCUCUUUUAG